AUGCUCGAGUCGAUGCAGCGCCAUCAACAGCAACAGCAACAACGGCAACAAGAGCAACUUAGCCAGUUUGGACGCCUCCUACCCAGCUCUACCGGACUCUACGUACUACCGCGAACCGGAGGUUAUCCGGCGGCGUCGAAUGGUCGUUUGGAACUACAUAUGCUAGUCAAUACUGGUAUGCCACCAGAAUUGCUAGGAAUGGUGGAAAGACCAUUGGAUCGACACCAUAUGUUCGCGGCGCCUGUGGCAGAACCGCUACCAGUCGGUGCCAGUCCGCAGGAUAUUGAAAAAUGCACGGAAAAGAUCAGUUUCAUCAAAGAUGUUGAG